CCCUCCAUUUCCCUUCUCUCUCCCCUCCACCCUCUCUCGCUCUCUCUCGCUCUCUCUCUAGAAGUGUGUGAGUGGGGAAUUUUGUGGAUGAGAAGCAAAAGCCAAUCUCUCGUAUUCUGCCUGCUGCUUUCUUCUGUUCCGUUCCGGUGCUCCUUCCUGCGUUUUCUGAUUUGAAGUGAUCGAUCUGAGGAGAGAUUCUGUAUGGGUCUGAAUUAUUUUUCAGUAUUUUUUAAGGAGAUCUAGAGGAGGAAGCAAAACCCAUUACAACCCAUCUCGAUUCUCAAACGGGUUCUCUGAAAUGUCUUUGAUAUGGGUGAUUUUCGUCACUAAGGAAGAGGAGGUUGAGGAGUGGGAGAAAGAGAGGUAAAGAAGCUAAGCACGGUUGAAGCAGCAAAAGCAUACAUAUACUUGCAACAUAACAGCUUGCCAGAAUCUGUUCCCUCUUGCUCUGCUUCUGCUGGAUUUUGAGGCGAUGUCUGCAACAAUUAUCAGUGAUCCUAUGGUGGUGUCGGCGCAGGAAGCUCAGCCAACGGCGACAACCAAACUGGGUAGUAUGCAGGCGCAGAUCGAGGUUGAGUUCGCCAAAUGCGAAUGCUGCCCGUUUACGGAGGAGUGCACGCCGGCGUACAUACAGAGGGUUCGGGAGAGGUACCAGGGGAGAUGGAUUUGCGGACUGUGCGCGGAAGCCGUGAAGGACGAGAUCGUGAGAUCGAAGAGGCUUAUCAGCACGGAAGAAGCUCUGAAUCGGCACAUCAGCUUCUGCAAAAAGUUCAACUCAUCCACCCCGCCUCCCAAUCCAACAGUUCAUCUCAUCUCCGCCAUGAGACAGCUUCUCCGGCGAAGCUUGGAUUCGCCCAGAGCCUUGCGCUCGACGCCGGCCAGUCCCAUGAGCAAAGGCCCGGAGAUUCCCCGGCCGGCGCUCACUCGCUCGGAAAGCUGUUUCCCGACGCUGUCUGGUUGAUCGGUAGAAGAGAAGAAAAAAAAAAAGAAAUAAAAAAGAAAAGGUAUGAGAGGAAAAUAAUACAAACUAAGAAGUGAGCAUUAGAAUUUCCGAUUCAACUGUUCAAAGAAGAAAGGCGUAGCUAGAAUGUUUACUUUAGAAUUAAUAUUAGAACUGCCGUUACUUGUCAA